ACGUCCGCUGUUGUUUGACGCUGGCGGACUGGGUAACUGGGUAGCCGGGAAUUUCGAGAAACUAUGGAUACAAUGUGGGUUUUAGAUUGAUUGACAGUUCGGUUACAAACCGAGUUUUUAUUAAUCAUCACCGACUUGGAUUAUAUAUAUGAAUUUUUAAGUGAAAAGUUUAUUUUUGAUUCCAGUUGCGCUGUGAUUCCAACUUGGAUACCUGUGAAUGGCUUGGAAAAGGGGAGAAAACUCGGGGUUCACUAUCGCCUAUGAAAACUAUCGUCUCUCCGAACAGCGACGUGAAAAUAUCUUUGUGGAAUUUAUUAUUAUAUCUGUGUGCUCAUUUUGAAUCAGUGGUCUAAUUCCGAUAUUGAAACGAUAGCUUUUCACCGUGAAAAUACAGUAGCCUGGUUAUAAUCAACUGCGGCAGACUUCAAAGUGGAAAUUCUCUUUAAUUAUUCACAACUGCUACCACGCAUGCGCCGGGAGUUAUUGUAACAGAAAGUGAAAAACAUGGCGAAAGGCUGGUGGAGCGGGAUAUGGGCUCCGAUUAUACUGUUUUCUAGCGCGUUUACAACUGUGGUAAUUUGUGCAAGAGAAGUGGUUUUAUUAGACACAACAAAAAUAAGCCGGCUAGAAUGGACAACAUACAAAGGAGGAUCUCAGGACAGCUCAAACAAUGGGUGGAGAGAAGGCAGUUACACAGCGGAGAAUGGAAACCCAGUACGUGUGUACGCCUCGUGUUCUGUCAGCAGCCAGGGUGUGGACAACUGGCUGAGGACGCCCUUCAUACCCCGGGGAGUUGCCAACAGUUUACAUAUAGAAAUGACUUUUUCCAUGAGGCGUUGUAUAAAACACAAUGACCCAAGCAGUCUCCAACAGUGUAAAGAAACAUACAACCUUUACUACUACGAGGCCGACUCAGACAUUGCCAACGAAAUGAUGCCCAUGUGGGAUGAGAUCUCGUACCAAAAUAUAGACAAGAUAGCGGCCGAUCAUCUAUACGAUGAUAAUUCUAAUUUAAAAAUUAACAAAGAGGACCGAGAAGUACCAUUGAAUCGUGGUCUCGGUGGUGUUUAUUUCGCAUUCCAGGAUACAGGAGCAUGUGUAACUCUAAUUUCUAUCAAAAUUUACUACGUCAUGUGUCCAAAUGUGACUUUGAACUUUGCAUUCUUCAUGGAAACGCCGACUGGCGACAGUCCUCAGGCAUUGGAGGAGAGGAAGGGUGUGUGUGUGGCAAAUGCUGCGGAGGAUUCGCUCCCUACCUACCUGUGUCGUAGUGAUGGAACAUGGUUUUAUGCCAAAGGCAGCUGUCAGUGUCUCCCUGGAUACGAAGGUCACAACAGCCUUGAGUGUAUUGAGUGCCGGGCUGGGUUUUAUAAGUGGGAGUUAGGGAACCAUGCCUGUAGUAGCUGUCCUGCCCAUAGCUUCACUACCGCGCCCAAGUCUGUUGAGUGUACCUGUGAGGAGGACUUCUACCGCAGCGAGACAGAUCCCAAGAGCAUGCCAUGUACACAACCACCUUCAACCCCACAGAACGUUGCCGUGCGACAAUAUACCCACAAUUCUAUCACAGUGACGUGGAGUCCUCCCAUGUACGAUGGUGGACGGAAUGACGUCAUGUACCGUGUUGACUGUCAGCAGUGUGAUAGCAGUGUGACCUUUACACCUGACAAACCCACAUUUAACUCCACAAGUGUAAUUCUGUCAGGGUUACAAUCUAGUACAACUUACACCAUACGGAUUUACUCAGAAAAUGGAGUAACACAGGCUAGUAAAAAACCUGCUCAAUACGGAGAGGAUUCGUCAACCACACUCAGCAGUCGCCCUACAAUCGUCAACGUUCAUGUUGUAUCUGUGGGGGAUUCGUAUGUGACCAUUUCAUGGGAGAGGGCAACAGAGUUGAAGGAUACGAUACAGGAUUACCAGGUGAAGUGGUACCGACGCUGGAAGGGCGAGGAGAAGACUAACUCAACCAAUGUACAGAACUUCACAUUCCGUAACCUUCUCAGAGACACGGAGUAUAGUUUCCAGGUGCGAGGCUAUUCCACGGUGAAGGGAUGGGGAGAUUUCAGUCAGCCCCUCCACGUGAUGACCGGAUAUGCAGGUCGUUAUAAUGGGACAACUCCGCAACCGGGAGAUGAGACCAAGUUGGAUGCUCCUCUACCUUCCAUUGGUAUCAUCAUCGGAUCUAUCGUUGCUGUUUUCCUCUGUAUGGCCAUUGCAGCAAUAAUGAUUUACCUGCUGGUUAAAAGAAAUCAGAACCAGUGUAAUGAGACGAAGGGUGGUGAAUGUGACACCCUGCAUUAUAGCCACGGUGAGGUUGUGCAUUGUCCCCCGUUGGAGCCUCAUAUGAACGUGGGAUCGACUGUGCCCUUGUUCCCUCCGCCGGGAUCCUACAAGACUUAUGUAGAUCCACAUACUUACGAGGAUCCAAACCAGGCUGUCCGUGAAUUUACACGAGAAAUAGACGCUUCACAUAUCACUAUCGAGUCCGUUAUAGGUGGAGGGGAAUUUGGAGAUGUAUGUAAAGGAAAACUUCGUAAGCCAUCCCAUCCGGAAAUGACUGUCGCAAUUAAAACACUAAAACCAGGAGCCACAGAUAAAAACCGUCUAGACUUCCUGACAGAGGCAAGCAUCAUGGGACAGUUUGAUGACCCCAACGUUAUAUUCCUGGAAGGAGUCGUCACAAAAAGUCAUCCCAUUAUGAUUGUAACAGAAUAUAUGGCAAACGGAUCACUUGACACGUACCUCAGGAAUAAUGACGGGAAAUUCACAAUAAUACAGUUAGUAGGAAUGAUGCGUGGUAUAGCGGCCGGAAUGAGAUACCUCUCCGAGAUGGGAUAUGUACACAGAGACUUAGCUGCUAGGAAUAUUUUAGUAAAUGAAAACUUGGUAUGUAAAGUGGCUGAUUUUGGUCUAUCUCGUGAGGUGGACAUUGACACAACCGACGGUGCUUACACAACAAAGGGAGGCAAGAUACCAGUGAGAUGGACGGCACCAGAGGCUAUAGCAUUCCGUAAAUUUACCACAGCCUCCGACAUCUGGAGCUAUGGGGUGGUCAUGUGGGAGAUAAUAUCAUAUGGGGAGCGGCCAUAUUGGAACUGGUCCAACCAGGAUGUGAUACGCGCAGUAGAGAAAGGAUACCGCCUACCUCCCCCUAUGGAUUGUCCUGAAGCCAUUCACCAACUCAUGCUUGACUGCUGGCAGAAGGACCGAGGCAACCGUCCAAAGUUUGUACAGAUCGUCAAAUCUCUUGACAAGUUCAUCAGAGCACCAGAGCUGCUACGCAAAAUUGCAAAACCAAGGCCUGAACACCUGAUGGAUGCGGGAUUCUCCGUACAGGAGGUGCCACAGUAUACCAAUGUCGAGAGUUGGCUGAUCUCAAUCAAAAUGGAGAAAUAUAUUGACAAUUUUCUGCAGGCAGGUUAUCGUACGAUGGAUCAAGUCGCGACGAUAACGCCUAAGGACCUAGAGGUCACGCUACAGAUCACGCUAAUAGGUCACCAGAAAAAGAUCAUGAACUCGGUACAAACAUUACGUGUGCAAAUGUAUGGACUUCAAUUUCCACAAAUGUCCGACGGAUUCCUUGUAUAGCAUCGAUUGUUCAUGAUCACGACAGCUUUUGUGUGUGUGUGCGAAAUAUCAUGUUGUGUGUUAAUGACAUCGCCACAUUUGUGUCCGUUAAUUUGAAACCUACUCCUGUUGGCAUGGAAACAAAUGUCAGUGAUAAGUCCGCUUUUUAAAAUCAUCAAAACUUGGCGUGGGCUGUAGGACUAGCCACUGUGUCGACCAAUGGAAGCCUUGUGUGUACACGGAGGUGGAGAAGUAAUAAUUUACAGACUAAAUCUACCGGUACAAACCAAUAACAAUAAUAAUGUUGUGUGUACAGACACAGUUGUGUUACCUUGGUUGUGUCAACUUAUACAGACGACAAUACAAAGGUGAAAGGUCAGAAAUGUCAAGGUCAUAUUCCCAAAUUGUGUGUGUUGAUGUGUCUCUAGAGGAUGUUUGUUUCGUAAGUGUCUGCUUCAUUUUGUAUAUUCAUCAGGCUUCGCUGUGAUUGGUUGACUGAAUAGAGAUUACCAUGGUUACAAAUAAUUUCAGCCAAUUGGAUUUCCAUUGAUUUGAUCUGCUGUGACCGAUGCUGUGUGUUAUCUCGUUAUGUUGUAAUACUUCAGUCAUACAGCUGUCACUGUGGUGUGGAGUGAACAGUAAUUUAAUCCACUUAUUUUUAAGUAAAUUUUGAAAGAAAAUAUAAUGGAGACAUAUUAUUUUGUAAAGUAUGCGUUUGUCCAAAUAUGCAACGUUUCCUUGAUUAAGAGCGAGUUUGUUGUGUGUAUGUUCAGAAUGACCACUGUUUGGGAGAUUUUAUUGAAAUAACAUGACAGUUUUGCCAUGGUAGACAUGGAGCCAGUGUAACUGGCAGAUAUCACAUGACUGUCACAUGACGUGAAAAAUAUGACAUGCCUGUCACAUGAUAUGUGACAUCACAAAACAGAUUGAUGAUUUGUGAACAGUAUUUAUGUGUUCCUGUAGGUGAGUGGCUUGUGUAUUCCAUAUUGGGUUUGCUCUGGGCAGAUUUUUAACAGAUCACCGAUUUCCUCAUCAGCUUUAAUGCUGUAGACUGAAGAUUUAUUGCGAAAUACUUCCUGUCUUGAAAGAGACAACUUUGGUACUGUUUAUAGAUAUUUUGAGUUCUGUUUCAAUAUCAGAUCGACUGAUGAAAUAAAUUGUCUGUUAAAAAUCUACCCAUAGCAGCUGAAAUCUACUGUGUAUAUAAUUUUGACAUAUUUAUUGUGAUAUUCCAAAUGUUUUGUAUACAAACACGGUCACGUUACCUCAUUUUAAUAUAGACAUUUUAUAGCAGGAAGGCUUUGUGAUGAUUCUUCUUUUUCUUGCAGAAUUUUUUCAAUAGUGUCUCACAAAGUGAUUGCUCUGUUGGUAGGCUUACUUCAUUUUACGCUGAUUUUCUUUUGAACUGGCCAAGACUGCUCGCCAAUUCACUGUCACAAUGUGAUCACUAGCGACACCAGUUACUAAUGACGGGAAAUAAUAGCAAUUUUUGUUGUGUUCAAUUUAGUUGUUGAUGUUGCUUUAGAUGUUUUUGUUGUGUUUUAAAUUUAGCACUAGAGGUACUUUAUUUGAAUGAAGUUGUAGAAUAGCUUAAAGAAAUGCCUCCCUAUUACUGAGCUGACAUGAUCUUUUUUUAGGCUAGAUAUUGAUUUUAUACAUGGCUAUAAUCAGCACAAUUUGGUGCUCUUUUUUACAAAAUUUUAGUUUAAACCUGAAUAUCAGUGAUCAUUUUACUCAUCCAGUAAAACAAUAUAUAUAUAUUGUAUAAUGUGGAAUAUCCAGUAAAACAAUAUAUAUAUAUUGUAUAAUGUGGAAUUAUGGGUAUUAAUCCUUGUCAAUACAACCACCAUCACCCACCGUUUUAGAAUUCCUAGACGAGAAAAAAACAACUGAAACCACUUACCAUAUUAAAUACUGCUUAACAGUGUUUGUCUUUGCACAUUUUUACAACAAGAUGUUUUAAUUGAAAUUGCAUUGAUUCAAAAUGAAAAUCCCACCAAUAAUACGUGAUAUUGAACACUUUGGCCACUAGAUGACAAAAAUAAAAAAAAAAAAAUAAUACCUGAUUGGGUCCAAACUUGAUGACUCUUUUGUUUACUACCAAGUUCAGAUGGCAUAGAUUAUCUGUUAAUGGAAAUGUCUCCAAAUUGGUAAUAACAUGUGUUGCUCAGAUUUAUUUACCAAUCUUGUAAAUAGACUCGGUCUAAAUUACAGAAACUUUUAAAAAUCCGACACAAAAGCAAAGUCUAAAUUACAGAAACUUUUAAAAAUCCAGCACAAAAGCAAAGACUUUGUUGUAAUCAGACUUGGUAAAAAUUAGGUCAUCACUCAAUCCCUUAUCUCAAGGUCGUUGAUUGUGAGGUCAUUUAUAUCUCAAGGUCAUUGGCUGUGAGGUCAGUUGUAUCUCAAGGUCAGUGAUUGUGAGGUCAAUUAUAUCUCAAGGUUGUUGAUCAUGACGUCAUUUAUAUCUCAAGGUCAUUGACUGUGAGGUCAGUUGUAUAUCAAGGUUGUUGAUCGUGAGGUCAAAUAUAUCUCAAGGUCAUUGAUUGUGCAGUCAGUUAUAUCUCAAUGUCAUUGUGAGUUAUAGAUGUCUUAAGGUCAAUGAUCAUGAGGUUUACUAUAUCUCGAGGUCAAUAGGUAAGAUUGUGAUGGCAUGUAGACAGUAUAUACAAGCUUAUCCAUCACAUGCCUUAUUUUUAGUUUUGGAAAUCGUGUUAUUCAUUGUCUUCAUUAAAACGUAGAGGAGAUGCUGAUGUGUGUGUGCGCGCGAGGGUCGAUGGUUACAGUUUCCAACACAAGCAAUAAGCAUGUAGCAUGUUUGAUAACAACUCUAAACUGCAAUCUUACGAAUCAAUGUAAUCGUGUUAAAAAUUUGCUGAAAAGAUAAUAAUUGUAACCAAAGUAGGAAGUUUAUUAGACAUUGAUAACCAUUGUAUGAAAAAUUCUGUUUGUGAAAUGAUUGCUGGUAAUUGUUGAUGACAUAAAAUUAAUAAGUAUUUUGUUUGCGGAGUUUGCUACAACAGAAUCGCUCUGUAUCACCUCCAAUCAGUAUCUGUUAAUAACCUGUCAACGCCGUCACACGACUGUAGAUUUGUUUCUGUAAGAUAUGUAAAUAUGUGUUUACAAAACAGUCUGUGUAUAUAUAUAUAUACGCAAAGUUACAUUGGUGUGGAGAUCAGUCACUUGUGGUCGACAAAACGCUUCGUGUGAAUGACGUCAUGUACGAUAGAAAGUGUAGACGUAUGAAUGUGUAGCUGUUUGUGUAUAACUUCAGGUGUUUGUAAUCUGUACAUUAGAUGUACAUGUUUUGACCAGAUUUAACCCUCAAAGAAACACUGUUUUGUGUUUCAACUUAAAUGUGCUCUGAAUAGAAUUAUUAUGAAACUCGUACAAGCUUCCAUUAAAAAUGAAUAUUACAAAAAUAAUGAUUUUUUUACCUUUUCUGUCCACCUUGUUUUACUGUUAUCUGUUAGUGUGUCAGAUUCUCUGAUUGAGGUCGUAUUUGUUAAAGUUUUUUGUGGUUUUUGAUUCCAUCACUUACUGAUGUUUUAUUUAUCUUCAUCCCCCUUCUUUGUUUAUUUCUCGUCUUUAUUUUUCUUGUUUUAAGGUUUAUCUCCACUUUUAUAGUCCCAUGUUCUUAAACUGUUUUUAAAAUAAAUUUUUGAAGUCAAAAUGAAGAUCAGUUUUAAGAAAUAGCUUUGGGCAAUUCCUUUUAUUCUAGUGCUUGUUUCUAACAUUUUCUAACUGAUUUCCUCAUCUGUCAAUCAAAUUUACCCAACUGUCAUUAUUCAUCUCGGAUGAUCGAGUUAAUUCGUUUUCAAUGAAGGAAUUUUUUUAUUGGAAAAAUGUGAUGUAUAUAUGAUUGGUGAUAUAUUGAUGAGGAUGAAUGUGAUCUUGAAAAGAGUGUAGGUUCAUGUGAGACAGUGGCUGUGAGUUUGUAAGGGUAUCUGAGUGGAUAUGAUGUCUGCAGUUAAGAGUUAAUGAGAGUCUGUGAAAAUGUGAGUUCUGCAGCGUCUGUAGUUAAGAGUUUAUGAGAGUGUGAUGAUGUGAGUUUGGCAGCGUCUGUAGACGCCAGUUUGUGUUGUGUAACCAGUACAAUUCCAUAUUGAUGACAGUAAACAUUGAUAAAUUUGUUGACCACAUUUAUAUCACCUUUAAUAAAGAUAAAUUGAACCAUUUACAAA